AUGCAAGAGGAGGAUAAGAAGCCCUUCCUCGAGACUGCGGCCAGAGAUCGGGACCGAUAUAAGCGCGAAAUGGCUAUCUUCAAGCCGGCCAGGGAUGCAAAUAAGCCCAAACGGCCGGGCACUGCGUUCAUGCUGUUUAUGGGCGACUUUAGGAAAGAAAUGGCGGGCAAAGAGCCCGAGGGAGGUGUGGCGGCGCUCGCCAAGCUCGGGGGCGAGAGGUGGAGGAAUAUGACUGAAGAGGACAAACGGCCGUACGUUGAGAAGCAGAACGAGGAGAAGAUCAGAUAUGAGGCCUCUAUGGAGGAAUACCGCAGAAAAGUAUGA